GCCUCGUUUCAAAAACGCUACCCUGUAUUACCGUGUUCGAGCAAAAAGUUGAAACACUAUGCGAUCUCCUCCUGCAUUCUCCUUCGACGGCGAUAUUCUUCGGUGAUAUCUCCUCCAGCGAAGAUCUCCUCCAACAGCGAUCUCCUCCGGCGAUGUCUGCUCCAGCGACGAUCUCCUCCGGUGAUGUCUGCUCCAGCGACGAUCUCCUCCUGCGACGUCUGCUCCAGCGACGAUCUCCCUCCUCCGACGUCUCCUCCAGCGACGAUCUCCCUCCUCCGACAUCUCCUCUAGCGACGAUCUCCUCCGGCUUCCUCCUUGUCGUCCUCUAUGUCCUCCCUGCCAAAUCUUCAGUGUCUCCCUUUUGUUCCGGAUCAGCAGUUCAACUCGCUAUUUCUUCACAUUCUAGGGUUCAAAGUCAGUUUAGUGGUUAUAUAUCGUUAGUACUUGGAAGGAUUCUUGGUCUCGGAGCUCGAUUUAGGGUCUAUGAAAUCAUCACUGCCUUUUAUAAGGGUCAGAUGAAGAAGUUGGUCCCUUGUCUCCUUUAUUUGUUAGUAUUGCUGCUGGAUUGUCAGCUUCAGUUGCUACUGCAGCUUCUCAUGCCUUUGAUACUACAAGAACUAGAUCACAGUGCACUGUGCUACCAAAGGGAUAUUCUACAACUUCAGGGAAGCUGAGAGCCCUGCUGCAAGGUAUAAUACAUGCUAAUUCAAAUCUUGAGUUAAGGCCCUUGUGGUUAAGAAGUAGUUUGAGGUCAAAGGUGAUUUGCUAAAAGAUUUCUGCAUUCUGAUAUAGUGUCUAUUUAUGAUCAUGCCUUUCUUUGGGAUGAGGAUUUAGGAGUGGAGCAUUUUUCUCCUUCAAGAGAUGUUUGAGCUUCAUCUGGAAGAGUUACAUGCAAAGCAAGAAGAAAUUGCAAAGCGUGAUAAUGAUAUUAAACUCAUGGAAGCUAUUAUUCAAAUGCUUGGAGGAAAAGAAUCUAUUUUCACGUCAGACUCGUGGAAGCUAUUAUUCAAAUGCUUGGAGGAAAAGAAUCUAUUUUUACAUCUAUCUAAAAGCCAGGGUGCUUCGUACUCCUUUUUACUUCUUUCCUUGUUCAUUAUUUUUGUUAAAGUUACCAUGUAAAUUGAAUCAUACUACUAUAUAAAUUGUGAAGAUUGUUUUCCCAACAUCUUUUUAUUUUAUC